AUGUCGGCUCAUACAGCGAAGAGGAGAAAGCUCAGCCCAUCUCCGCAAAUAACACAGAGAGCCGGGCAAUCAAAUGCUUCAAACUUGAAUGGUCUCUUAAAGAUGGCUAGGAAUGAGUCUUCAAGUAUGGACGGUUUGAUAAGACGCAAAAAGAGUGAUCGCUCUGCGGAGCUUGCGUUGGCUAGCGGUGUCUACAAGUCUAAUCUCUUCAAGUUGCAGUUAGACGAACUUCUCACUGAAUCAAGACCAAACUACGACAAGCAUGUGUCAAAGCUUCAGGAUACUCUUCAUAGGCUGAAGGAAGUCAUCGAUAACAUUCCCGAAAGACCCCCGAAACCAGCUGUUGAAGCCGAGAAGGAAUUCCGCAGCACACAUGGCAUUCUCGUUCCAUACCCCGAGCCACGUCCAGGGAAAGAUACAAAGUACACUGUGUCAUAUAGCAAGCCAACGAAUGUUAAUGUGGUAGGGAGUUUUGUUCUUAGGACAGGGGUCAGAGCUUCUGAGCCUUACACAGUCGAUUUGGCAGUGACGAUGCCGAGCAGCGUUUUCCAGGAGAAGGAUUAUGUCAAUUAUCGGUUCUUCCACAAGAGGGCAUACUAUAUCGCAUGCCUUGCUGCUGGAAUUAAAGAUGUUGAAAAUCUGGACUUUGAUAUCAAGUUUGCACAGCAGGAUGGAGAUAGUCUUCGCCCGCUUAUUCUUCUAGAACCUACUGACUCGGCUAAGAAUGGAUCUCAAUCCAUGAGAUCGCAGAUCCGCAUUUUCACCGCGAUUGAAGACACUUUGUUUCCCAUUGUUCGUACUCUUCCUAUGAAGAAUAACGUGCGUCAAGGUUCACCCGACCAGCCCGAACCUCGUGCGCCGACUCCUUUUUACAAUGCAGCUCUUCGUUCCGAAGCUACAGUGGCACCCUUUCACAAACUCCUGCACUCGACAGCCCAAAUAUGUGAUUCUUUUAGGGAUGCUUGUAUUCUUGGACGGAUAUGGCUCCGUCAGCGCGGAUUCGGAUCUUCUUUCCAACAAGGCGGGUUUGGAGGAUUCGAGUGGACCGUUUUGAUGUCUCUUUUAUUUGAAGGAGGUGGCUUCAACGGCAAGCCAAUACUUCUAAAAUCGUACAGUAGCUACCAGCUAUUCAAAGGGACCAUUCAGUUUCUUGCAGGAAGGAAUUUGCUAACUCCGCUCCUACUUUUCGCCUCUGAUAUUUCUUCCCCUACCGGCACGCCUAUGGUGUACGAUGGGAAAAGAGGGUUGAACAUACUUUACAAAAUGUCGCCGUGGUCCUAUUCACUCCUUCGUCAUGAAGCAAAUAUUACUCUCAGGAUAUUGAACGAGUCUCGUGAUGAUAACUUCGACAAAGUCUUCAUUUAUAAAGUGAACGAACCUAUGCUUAGGUUUGAUCGACUCAUCACACUGCCAAUUUCUGAGUCAGGCACUGUUCUUCGAACCAUUCAUAAUCACAAUGCCAUUUAUGAGGUUCUCAAGAAAGCAUUGGGCGACAGAGUGAAUCUUAUUUACCUGUUCAGCCAUGGCGCCGAACCUUGGUCUGUGGAAAGAAAAUUCUCGCGCAAAGCAGCGAGUGCAGCCAUUCAUGUUGGGCUCAACUUGAAUCCUGAAAAUGCUAUGCGAGUCGUUGAUCAUGGCCCAUUCGCCGAACAGAAAGAAGAAGCUGAAACUUUUCGGUCUUUCUGGGGGGAAAAGGCCGAGUUAAGACGUUUCAGAGACGGUACUAUUCGAGAGAGCUUAGUCUGGUCUGACCAGCCGCCCUCUCCCUCUAUAGUAUAUCAACUUUUGGUGUACAUCCUCCGUCGUCAUUUCAAUUAUGAAGAAGAUGAGAUCGGUUAUAUCGGCGACGAAUUCGAUGAAAAACUGCGCAAUAGCGGGAAUGGAAUAUUCUUGUAUUCCAACCCUGCAUUCCAGUUGGUCACUGAUGCUUUUAACUCUUUGGAGAGGUCUUUUCAAAGAAUGGAUGAAGUGCCGUUGACUGUUAGGCAGCUGGCUUUGGCUAGCCCCCUUAGUCGAUACUCCGCUCUUCGUGUCCAGAGUGCUUCUGGCCUCAUUCGCGAUCCGGUGGAUAUUGUUCUCCAGUUCGAAAGUUCCUCGAGGUGGCCGGAUGAUUUAGUGGCUAUCCAGAUGACAAAAGUGGCAUUCUUAAUUAAGAUAGGUGACUCCUUGGUGUCAUCUGCAGCCGCUUCGUCAUGUAAAGUUGGCCUAGAGAACGAAUCAAACCGGACGCUAAACAACGCUUUUUUGGACAUAUCCCACACGUCAGGAGUGAUCUUCCGGCUAAGGAUUCAUCAUGAUCGGGAGCAGUUAUUGCUGGAACGCCAGCUGAAGGAGAAAGGGGCGAGCCUGCAAGUAAAGCAAGAAGCUGCAUACACCCUAUCGGCGUAUAAGCGACUUUUCAUCCAAUCUCCUCGUCUGACCCAAGCAAUUCGUACCCUAUGCACCAGGUUUCCCUUAUUGUCACCUACAAUCCGACUCGUCAAACAUUGGUUUAACUGUCAUCUGUUUACUGGCCAUGUCAAUGAAGAAGUAAUCGAGUUGGUGGUGGCUCGGGUUUUCACUCAACCAUACCCCUGGGAUACUCCUUCAAGUGUUAUGGUCGGCUUUCUAAGGACUCUCCAUUUCCUUUCGCGCUGGGACUGGCAGCAAGAUCCAUUAAUUGUCGAUUUGUGCGGAGAGCUUGAUCAGGAUACUAUCAAAGCAGUACGUACUCGCUUUUCGGGAUGGCGAAGCAUCGACCCUGCAAUGAAUACUGUUGCUUUGUUUGUGGCUUCCGACAUAGAUCCCGACGGAGUAACCUGGACACAUUACGAAAUGCCUCCGAAGGUAGUCGCAGCUCGGAUGUCUAUGUUGGCGAAGGGGGCUGUAAAGUUGGUACGGGAAAAUGGGCCUACCCUUGAUGUUUCCGACUUAUUCCAUACAUCGUUGGCACCUUAUGAUUUCAUUAUCAAUUUGCGCUUGAAAAGCUUGCAUGAUCGACCAACGUCAUUAUUAAAGUACAAGAACUUGAAUGAGCUCGAUAAUAAAGCCCAAACAGCUCAACUCAAAGUUGUGAAGUCCUUUGUCCGCGAUUUGCAGGCUUGUUUCAGCCCAAAUAUCCUCUUCUUCCAUGGUGAUGAACAUUGUGAUGUGCUUGCAGGGCUCUGGAACCCACAGACAACCAAACCGAAGAACUGGAGCCUGAAAUUGACAUACUCGUCAUCCCCAUCGAUAUUGGAUGGUACUAAAAAAGAAGAUGGCGAAGUUAUGAUCAAUCGGGAUGCUAUCCUCAACGAAAUAUCGAGGUUAGGACAUGGUCUAGUCGAUAGCAUCGAAGUUUUUGGCACGGAGUAG